GAGGGAGUGGGGGGAGGAGAGCAGGUUGAAGAUAUGAUACAGAUAACAGCUCGGCUGUGACAGGUGAACUCCUCCUUUGGUCUGGGACACUAAGCAGUGAAGAGCUGGAAAUGGCCGGGUACAAGCCCAGGGUGAUUUCUCUAACCAAGAAGCCAGGUCAAACAUUUGGCUUCUACCUGAGACUGGAGCAUGGGGAGGAGGGUCACCUCGUACGCUGCCUGGAAAUGGGAGGUCCGGCUGAACUGGCUGGCAUGAAGGAUGGAGACCGCAUCUUGAGGGUCGGGGGGACAUAUGUGGACGGACUGCCCCAUUCAGAGGUGGUGGACAUGGUGAGAAACAGUGGAGCGACAGCAACGUUUCACAUCCUGGACGAAGCCCCUUACAAGAAAGCCAAAGCGAAGGGAGUGAACCUCUCUGAACCUCAGGGCAAACCGGUUGCCAACGGUGUCUCCAAGAUGGCUGAGAAACCCAAACUCUGCUACAUGGUGAAGUCCAGCGCGGGAUACGGAUUCUCUCUCCGCUCAGUAGAAAGAGAGAAGGGUUUGUUUAUGACCGAGGUGAUCCCAGGAAGCAUGGCGUACAAGGCCGGCAUCCGAGUCAACGACCGCCUGCUAGAGGUCAACGGGAACAAUGUAGAAAGCUCGACGCACGAACAAGUAGUGGACAUGAUCAAGCUCGCCGGCAACUGCGUCAUGUUCCUGCUGGUCGACGAAGAAACAGACAAGUACUACCAGAGCAAAUACAUGAAGAUGGGGGCGUGGUUAGCCACGACCAGGUACCUCACUCACAAGCCACGCAAAAUCCACAUUACCAAGGGAUCUGAUGGAUACGGCUUCCUGCUCAAGAAAGAGCCCAACCAAGCAGGGCACUUCAUCAAGGACAUAGAAAGAAACAGCCCGGCAUUAACAGCAGGGCUGAAGGAAAUGGACCGACUUGUGGCCGUCGACGGCAAGGAAGUGGAAACCUGCAGCCAUGAGCAGGCAGUGAACAAGAUCAAGCAGAGUGGCAAUAACUGCUGCCUGCUGGUGGUGGACAAAGAAACAGACCAAAUGUACAAACUGGGGAAAGCCACUCCGAUGCUUUUCUUGGAGGAGUUUCAGGAUUCCAACUUGCCGCCCAGUUACACAGAGGCCAUCAAGUUACCUGCUCCAGUCCAACCAUCCAUACCUGUUGAGGAGAGGAGGGAGGAGCUAAAGCCUAAACUGUGUAAGAUGGAGAAGACCGCCGCUGGCUAUGGCUUUCACCUGAACGGCAUUCAGGGCGUGUGUGGACAGUACAUCAUGGACGUGGUGAAAGGUGGAGCUGCGGACAGGGCCGGUCUGGAGGAUGAUGACAUCGUAGUGGAGGUGGACGGAGUAAACGUGGAGCAGAGCAGCCACGAUGAGGUGGUGCAAAUGAUCCGCAGCAGUGGAAACUCUCUGGAGAUGUUGGUCGCCAAAAAGAGCGUCUACGGCCAACUCAAAGAUAAAGGAGUGACCAUCACUCGCCUGCUGCUCGGGGAAACCUCUUACGCUCAGGUCCACAAAGCAGACAUCCCGGAGGUCAGCAAAGAGGAGAGACAGGAGGAAGAGGAAGAGGCCAGACCUGAAACCCCCGCUGAAGCAGCCAGAGAGCGGACCUCAUCUUCAUCUUCAUCUUCAUCAGAGGAGAGUUUGGAUGAAAUAUUCUAAGAAGCCACCGAAUAACCUCCAAUCCCUGGUUUCACCUUUGUCAUUCUUAAUGUUGAUCCAUUGUUGUUGUUGGUUUUUUUAACACUCAGCACUUCACGCAGCCGAGUAAAGCUCAGUGUCAGUACCUCGAUCACAGUGGAAUAACUGCAUGUAUAAAAAAAAAGGCUGAGAACAAAGCAUGAUCCUGAAUGAUUGUCUUUCCUGGAUGCAAACACUUCAUCUAGUCACCUGUGCAAUAGUCGGAGAAAAGUCUUUCCCACACCUGAGCUCACCAUCUUUACUGUGAUAAACCACAUCCUGCAGAAACUGAAUGAACAUGCUGCCAUUAAAUACGACUGUAUGGCCUUCAAUGUAUUUUUUUUUUUCAGUAUGCAAGAUUUGCUGCCUUUAUUUAAUUUUCGAUAAAUUUGACUAUUUUUGUUCUCAUUUCUGAAUUGAAUAACAAACUUUCAUGAACACAAAUAAACACAUUCUAUCUGAA